AUGCUCAACAACAUCCAGCGGAAGUACCACUACAUCCGCGAUGGGCUGGUUGCCACCGGCGAGUGCGUCGUCCUCUGGUACCCCAUGGACGAGAUGGUUGCGGACAUCUUCACCAAGGCACUACCUCAUGAGUAUCAGAAGUGGAUGCAAGGAGUGACCGACGGCGGUCGGAUGGCAGCAGCAAGGAGGGAAGGCAAGCGACAGACCCGGUACAAAGCCCCGGGCAGGGCCUCAGAGGCCCCCCUCAGCGGCAAGCUGGAGGGGCUGGCGCGCCCAGCGGCAACGCCGAACACAGACACGGACCGAAGGCGACAACGCACGGACUAA